AUGGUAAUAAGAAAGUCUUUUGACUCAGGAAGACCGUCUAGUAUGGCAGGACGACGGACAGGAUUGCAAAAGCCAUCGAGUUUCUCGGGGAACAAGUUGGAAGAGGCUACCUGGUCGAAACGGGACUUGUCGACUGAGGUGGUGAAAGAGGACCUGAGGACGCUAGGCGUGGAUAGGCUGCUCAGGCGAGACGUAAGAUUUCGCAGGAUAUUGAAUAGCAACGAAUGGAUCGAUUCUGUGCAAGCUCUCGCAGAAGAUCGAGAAGUUUGGGCUGAGCUAUGUUCAAAGACGGCACACCUCGGCGAAGAUACGGAUAAUCGCGCCAGGCGAUGA